AGAUGAUGGAGUGUGGCCGUUGUGGUGAGUGGAUUCAUGCACAUUGUGAAGGUCUCAACAAUGAGCGCUAUCAGAUCUUGAGCUUCCUUCCAGACACUGUUGAAUAUGUGUGCCGGAGCUGUGUGACUGAGAGCACCUCCACAUGGCUACAUGCUGUGAGCAGUGAACUCAUGGCUGGGUGUGAGGCAGUUCUCCAAGCCCUCAUAGCUAGCCGGUGUGCCAAGCAUCUGGUGAAGAGAGAAGCAUCUUCAAAAGUGUCUUCCUCAGGUGGGUUGACCCCGCUACCUUGCUUGCCUGAGGUGGGGACCAGCAUUCAGGCACGGAUUGAUGAUGCACUAGUAGAGAGGGUGGAGGGCCUUGAUUCCCUUCUGCCUGCCACUAAUACCAACACAGUUGCAGUGGAAUCUCACAGUACUACGACCUCUGCUGAAUCUAAUACUGGGGAAGUGUCUCCCCUCUCAGGAAGUAAUGUUUGUGUCAGCAUAACAACAGUGGCAGCAGGAGACAGCUAUGUGUCUUCAACACUGGAAGGCACGAGUAGUUCUAGUGAUACCAGUCACAUUGUUGGUUCUGUAGAUGAUUUGGGUGUUGGUGCACCCCAGACCUCUAGCAAAUCUGAUGAUUGUGCAGUAGACACAAACAAGAACUUUUCAGCAUCAUUGUGUUCAGUAAUUGUAAAUAGAACAGACAUUCCUCAGGAGGGAGCGGGUGAAUCUAGCAAGCUAUCUGGGGACCAGACGGCUUGCUUUAGUGAUAAUCAGUCUGAAAAUGUGGCAGCUAAUAAGAGUACAGGUAAAAGUGGUUGUAUAACUGUUGCUAAAGACAAGAGUGAUCUCAAGGGAAAAUCAAGCAAAGAAAAGAAUGCAGAUGAAUCCAAGGCCAUUUCCCGCAGACAAACACGGUCUUCUUCAGGAGGUGUAGCGCUCUUGGGCUCAGCUGGCAGCAUUGGUAAUGCAGCAGACCCUAUCAAAUUAAAAGAAUGUUCAGUCAGGUUGGAAGAUAUAUGUAAAGCAAGAUCUCCUUCCUCAUCCCCAAUAAAGACUCAGCAGAGUGAGAUGGAAAAUGUACCUGUGGUAGAAGACAAAAAAACAGAAGAAACAUCAAAAUCUCAGGAAACCAUAGUUGAAGAUACCUUGAUUAAAGACAGUGAUGAGAGAACUACAGAAUCACUAGAGUCCCUUGAGGAAAAGGAAUUGGAGAGGGAAACAAGGGAUACUCUGCAAGGUAUCUUGGCCUUAAAGGACACAGAUGUUUCUUGUACACAGGUUGAUGGUCCAAAUGAUGAAACAACAGCGACAGCCAGAGUAAUAAGGAACCUCUUCUUUGAAGACAGAAGCCAAAUGAUGCUUGACACAACAAGCUUGUUGGAGAGUAAGACCAAAGUUGAUGAGAAGAAUCUUGCCCAUGUGGAGGCUCAGUUGAUCAGUCCCAAGGACAAGAUUACCAAAGAUAUUGAUGAUGAUUGUGUAAGCAGUGAGGAAAGUUCUUAUUGUGAUACUGACACUGAGAUAGAGAGUAUUCAAGAUGAUCCAGAAGAGCCAAGAGAUUUGUUAUCAGUAAAGGAGAAACUCAGGGAACGCAAGUAUGACUCGGUAUUGCAGUUCCAUGUUGAUAUGGUGAGGGUUAUUGAGAAUGGAAGACACCUCAACCGAAGCCAGACGCGCAAUGUGCAAGUGACAUAUACCAAGCACAUGAAGGAGUGCUUUCCUUGGUUUGACAUUAAAACUGCAAAUGUUUUUGAGUUAGUAGAUAAGCAAAGACCUUUUCCUUUACCACAUUGGGAUCACAGUUAUGUUUACCGUCCUAUGUUAUCAGGCACUCGCAUUUUCUCAGUGCGUGAUGUUCCCCUAUACAGGAAGCGGUCAACUAGCCCUUUGAAAGGUGCCCAGGCAAGUCCACCAGAUCGCCGUAAGUGUGUGCUGUGUGGUCGAGAAGGUGAUGAUGAACCCAAUGCAGCUGGCAGACUUUUGUAUCUUGGACAGGAUGAAUGGAUGCAUGUUAACUGCGGCCUCUGGUCAUCUGAAGUGUAUGAGGAAGUUGAUGGAGGUCUUCAAAAUAUCUACCUGGCUGUGAGCCGCGGGCGGUUAAUCAAAUGCUCGGCCUGCAAUGAAAGAGGAGCAACUGUUGGAUGUUGCCACAAGUCAUGCCAAGCAACAUAUCAUUUCCUCUGUGCCAGAAAAGCUUGCUGUCAGUUUAUGGAGGAUAAACGUAUUUUUUGCCCCUUGCAUGAGAGUACUUCAAAUGGUGAAGAGAAAACUGAUGACUUCAAAGUGAGUCGCUGUGUUUAUGUUGACAUGGAUUCAGAAAAGAAAAAGUGGAAGCAAGUUGCUGGGAACCGUGUUAGUAUUAUCAUUGGAUCCUUAACAAUCAAGAAUGUUGGAAGAAUUGUACCAGAAUCAGACAGUGCUGAGGCACUCAUUCCUUUAGACUUUUUAUGCAGUCGUGUUUACUGGAGUACAGUUGACCCAAGCAAAAAAGUCACAUACACUUGCCGAACAAAGCGUGUAGUUCCUGCAUUUGACGAUUCGACCUUGGUAGGUGAUGCAGCAUUUCACAGAACUAUAGAUCAUUCCCUUGGUGAAGAAGCUGUCUCCAAGGAAAUGGCUGCAGUUAGAAAAUGGUUCAAACAGUUGGAAGAACGUAAGGUGGAGAAGAAAUCACGUGAAACAAACAUCAUACCUCCUCAUCUUUGUCCUCUCUACCGCAGCAUCAGGGAAAGGGAGCAGGAGACCAGGGUUGUAGAGAAAAUUGUACGGUGCCGCACUCCUCCAGCCAUUGUGGAACUUGAUGUCCGACAAUGCAUAGAUGACAUUAUUGACAGAGUAAGCCGGUCAGUUGAAGAAGAGAGCUUGCUCUUGGAUACAGACUUGCCAGCUAUUGUUAGUGCUGAUGACAAUGAAUUAAUCUCUAUGGUGCUGAAUGAUCUCGAUGCUUGUGACUCCAUAACUCUCCAGUCUACCCCCUCAACCUCAGGCAGACCAAGCCCACUAGAUAUUGACUUCCUGAGCACCUGCGAUCAUAUGAUGGACUCAGGGAAGGUGUCUCACUCAGGAAACUUGACUCAGGAGGCUCAGGAAACCGAAUGUGACCCUCAAGGGAUAAUGGAUGCUGCCAGCCUCUCUCCCCGGCUCCACCCAACCCUUGCUGCUGGCAUUGACCCCAUCCAUGAAACGUACCGGGUAGAAUCUCCGAAUGCUGAUGUUAAGGAACCCAUCAUUGAGACUAUAGCUCCUCCCUCAAUGCAGGACCUUGGUUCGGUGCCUUCAAGUUCAACAAAAUCUCUACAGAACACCUGCAAUAGCUCUCAGAACAUGUCUGCUAGUGGAAACAGAAAUAGUAGUGGCAGUAAUACAACCAGUAGUUGUAGCACAUGUAGCAGUGAAAGCAAAUGUGGUAGCACAAGUAGCAGUAACAGUAGCAGCAGUAGUUCAAGUAGUUGCAGCACAGCAGAAGAGAGUAGCAGUCCAGAGAGAUGUCCUGCAGGUACCUUGAGUACCAGCAGUAGCCCUGACAGCUGCUCUCGUGUCAACUCGGACAACAGUGUCAGCAAUGACAGCAACAAUGGUAGCACUGAUAGCAAUAGUGGCAGUGAAUCUUCAUCUCAGAGUGCUAGCGGAAGCAAUCAGAGUCCCACAGCCAUGGCUUCAGGGAAAACAAACUCUCUCAAACAGAUUUGCCGAGUUUUGCCAAUGCCCUCAACAAACAGUCGCCGCUCUUCUUCAGCAAGUGAACAUAGUGAUGCCAUUGGUCAUGCUGGUCACAAUCACUCUCCUCCUGCAGCCAAUCAGUCACCAAGAAACUCUGAUGAGAAUGAAGGAAACAGCACAGCAGGACGUGGAAGUGAACGCAAGAAGAUAUGUAUGAAGAGGAAUUAUAAGACUGUAAUCAAGAAAUACCCCCUCAGAAGUGGCAUGAGGAAAAGCAAGCCCUAUGAAACUGUUCAGAUAGAAAUCAAUGAAACAAUAGAGAUUCCAGGGGGUGAAGGAUCAGGAAUGGUGCGCAAAAGUCUAAAAAGAAAAUGGAGUGGUAUCCUGGACUCUGAAGAAGAGGAGGAUAACAAUCAAAAAGAAACUGGUAUUGAUCAAGAGGGACAAGAAGAAACUACAAAUCGUAGCAGUGAUGGGGAGAAUUCCAAGGAAAACUCAGUCUCUAAAAAAGUGUUAAAGUUCUCAGAUGACAACAAUGACAUUACAGUCAGCAUUGUCAACAACAACAACCUUUGUGAGUUUUCUAAGUCUCGCGUUCACAAGUAUCGCCACAAGACUGUUCUCCAGCUGGAUGGUGCAGCGGAUGGCUCAUCCUCAAGUGCAGAAAUGAGCGAGAGCCAGGAUGAAGGCACAGGAGAAGAGAGGCGAAGACUGCAGGAGCAAGAAGACCCUCAGACUCCCCCUCUGCACUCGGCACUGGCCAUGCGCAUCAAGGAGCAGUCUCUUGCCAGGAGCUCACCAGGAGAAGAAGGGCCUUAUAAGUGUGGCAAGUGCAAAAGACUUUAUAGAACAAAGGAGAGCUAUCAGAAACAUAUAGAAACAUGUACAUUUGAAGUUGACAGUUCAAGCACGUCAGAAGAUGAAGAAUACGAGGAAGUUCACAUAGAAGAGGAGGAAGAGGGUACUUCAAGUACACUCCCACACUUGCAGGAGGAGAAAAUAGAUGAUGUCAUUCAGGAAAACCUCCAUAUGCCAUCCCUCAGUGAGAGAGAAGAAUAUCCUUCUAUCAGUCAGCAUAAUGUACAUGUUCCAUUGCUGUCUGAAGAUUCUGUGAUGCCCAAUACCUCUGCAAACCAGCCAUCUGAUAUUGAUGUCUCAGCUCAGUCAGUUGAUGACACCAAACCUUCUGUGGUUGUUGAUCUUGAAGGGCAUGCAAGGCCAUCAGGGGAGGAACCUGCUGUUAAGAGGGCAAGACUGGAUGUCACUCUGCCACGUCUGCACGGGGUACACCGGCAGGUACGGACAGCCAUCAAAAAGUGCCAAAGUACUAGCGAGGAUGUGGAACUACUGCAGGUUGUGCGAGGUCCCCCCCCUCCAGGGAGUGAUGUUUUUGUACCACCUCCAGUAUCUCCAGUUAAGUUCAGUCCUGUUGUCAAAAAGAGUGCCAGUCCAAGGCGCUACACAAAUGUUAGGUUACUGAGAGGCAGUCGUGGGUACCAAUACCGCCGUGCGGCCCCUCACCUUCCAGGCCCACAUGAGCAUUAUCAAGGUACAAAUUCUGGUGUGCAGAUGACACCUUCAGCUGCUCCUGCUCCAAUCCAGGUGGCUAUGCAUCCCAUGACUAACAAUUCUGGUCAGAACCUGGCCCAAGGUGCUCUUGCAGCCUUUCAGCAGUUUCCUGGACAGUCUAGCCAAUAUGCAGGUACACCUCAGUUGACCUCCCCAGUUACACACCUGACCUCUGCUGUGCAAGUGACACCACAAGUGACCUCACAGGUUGCACCACAAGUGUCUCCUCAAGUCAGUCCCCAGGUUCUGACUAUGGUGUCUGCCCCAUCUGUUGCGGUCCCACAAGGAUACACCUUGCAGUAUGUAGGUAGCUUCAGAGAUGGUGAGGUGGCUGCAGGAGGAGGGGGACUAGUCACCUACCCAGCUGCUCCUGUUGUAGUCCCUCAGCCACAGCUAGUCAUGACUCCCCAGCAGAGUUCAGUAGUUGUACCACAAGUUGUGAACACCAAUAUCACUUACACCUUCACUGCUCCAGAGACACUGGUUAUCAAUCAGCCAGCCAUGGUUCCAGGAAUGCAGUCUGUUCAGUACCUUCCUCAGCAGCAGCAGCAGCAACAGCAGCAGCCACAAGUCAUACAUCAUCCAGAACAGCAGGUUGGUGCUGUGAUGCAGUACAAUCAAACAGGAGUUUCACCACAGCAAGUGCCUGUGUCACAUAUGCACACAGGGCAAGUGCACACUCCCUGUAUGCCAUACUCUGACAUUCAAGCAAGUCCAAUAUGUAUGCAGCCUCAUGCACAAACUGCAAUAGUGACAAGAGAGUUGUCAUUCACUGGUGGGGGAUCAAAACCUCUUCAAUCUGCACCAUGUAUUGGCUCUUCACAAAACAGGUCUUCUCAUGGAGUAGCAGUGAGUUUGCCAGUUACUUCCACUUGCUCAGGACCUAUUGCACGACAUCGUCCACAGGCCUCAGUAGCACCACAGGUAAUUCAACCACAGCCAACUCUUACCACUUCGUCCUCAGAUGUUAAUCUGAUAGAGAGUCAAGGGCAUAGCCGUUUGCCUUUCUCAGAUCGCCCUCUAACUGGUGUGGUUAGAACUGUUGCAACUGUUGCUCCAGCAAUCAUCACAACAACAACCAUGGUAUCCUUAUCAACAUGCAGUUCUGCUACUCGGCUAACAUCAAUGGACACCAGCCCGAAAGUUGCAACUGUACGUCCCCGGCCCACAUACAGUUACAGGGAUGCUAUGAGAGAAAAGCAGUUAGAGAGACAAAAGCAGCGGCAAGAAGUCCUUCAGCUAGAUCGUAUGAAUAUUUCUGACACUCACCAUGAUUUCCUGAAAGAAAGAGAAGGACUGGAUGUUAACAUCUCUGAUUCAGAAACAGAUUCUGAGACAGAAACAACUAGUCAUGAUGCAGAGAAAGAAAAGGAGGAUCAUCUUGAGACACAAUCCUACAAACUAGUGCUCCGGAAAGAUAGUUCAGCAAGCACAGGUUUCAAUGUUCUUCCAAUAUCAGGACCUACCACGCCUUUACCGUCUCCCGAAGUUAAAGAGCUGAGAAUCAAAGCUAAGGUGUCAGUUGGCCCAAAGCGAAAAAAGGCCAAGAGUAGAGACCCUGAGAAAGACCUAAUUAUUGUUAACAAGGACACAUCAAGUGACCUGUAUGUCAAUGAACAGCUACCCAAUUUUUCUGUGAAUCCAAUGCAUAAUCCCGCAGAUGAUCCUGCCAUGUUUGACAAACCAAAGGCAUGCAGUGCUGAACCAUACAUUGUAUUUGAGCUGACAUCAGAGGAUGGCUUCCGUGUGGAAUCUCGCCACAUUGCAGAGGUCUGGCAGAAGGUAUUUGAUGCUGUCGCAGCUGCAAGAGCUAGCAUGAGGAUGGACCCAAAAGUUCCGCACAAUAUCCAACAACCAUCAAGCCCAGGGGACUCAAUAUCUGGCCUCCACAUGCUGGGUCUAACACAUAAUGCAGUGCAGUAUCUCUUGGAGCAGUUGCCUGGGGCUAAGGACUGCCACAAAUACUCAUUUCAGUUUCACCGAAGGCCUCAGGAGGAAGGGGCAGUGGAGGAGAACCCAACUGGCUGUGCCAGAACCGAACCCUUCAAGACGCGCUCUCCUUAUGAUAUCUUCAGCUGGUUGGCUUCCAAGCACCGCCGCAUGCCUGAACGUUCUCUUGUGCAACAGGAAGAAAUUCAGCUUUCUACAACCAGACGUGCUACAAGUCUUGAGCUGCCCAUGGCCAUGCGGUACCGACACUUGCGAGAGACUGCGCGUGAGGCUGUUGGGGUAUUCCGCUCAAGCAUUCACGGCCGAGGCCUUUUCUGCAAGCGUGAUAUUGAUGCCGGAGAAAUGGUCAUUGAAUAUGCUGGCCAGGUGAUCCGAUCCAGUCUAUGUGACAUGCGUGAAAAGGACUAUGAGUCAAAGGGCAUUGGCUGCUACAUGUUUCGUAUUGAUGAUGACACAGUCAUUGAUGCCACAAUGCAUGGCAAUGCUGCAAGAUUCAUUAAUCAUUCGUGUGAUCCAAACUGUUACUCCCGUGUGGUGGAUAUCCUGGGCAAGAAGCACAUCAUCAUAUUUGCUCUUAGGAGGAUCCUGCGUGGGGAAGAGCUAACCUAUGAUUACAAGUUCCCUAUCGAAGAAGACAAAAUCCCCUGCACAUGUGGCACUCGGCGAUGUCGCAAGUACCUCAACUGAAGCCCUCCAGAAGUGCAACUUUUCUCUCCCCUUUUGAGUCCCGUAAUCUCUUGUGAUUGGUGCCGCGUUUUUGCGUGGUGGUGCCAUCACGACAAUAGUUUUUGCACGGAAGGUAUGAAUGGUAUGUUUGUUUGCCCAGACAACAUUAAAGAAAAAAGAGAAGAAUAAUGAAUGUUAAAAAAAGUAUUAGUCAUUAUCUAUUCAGACAACUGAACUUUGCUCGUAGACAUACAAAUAUUUAGGUGAAUAUUUGUGCAUGUAUGUGUGGUGCGUGUGUGUGCCAGUGGGCACAUGCACACAUGUGCAUACAAAACAA